CAUGUACCGGGCUGCACUCUCCAGCAUAUACCUACGGCUACAGGGAGACGUUACCCCUCCCUCAAAGAUGUGUUGCCAAAAUGAUUGCCAAAUAAGACAGCUCUGCCUUCCACCUCCCACCAUCUUGGUGAAGAGUUUUCCCGUGAAAAGAUGCGUGGAUCCCUGUGGUGCUGUCUGUAACAUCCAGUGCUUGCCUCCAUGUGUGGAUCCCUGCUGCUACGCUAGGAUUCCUCAGGGCACCACCACUUACGUGAACCUGGGUAAUCUUGGUGUGACACAGACUGCCGGAUGUGUGGAUCCAUGCUGCCUCGGAGUCACCAGGUGUGUGCCUCCGCGCUGUGAGGAAGUGACCAAGUGCACCACCACACGUGUGGACCCAUGCUGCUGCAAAGUGACCGAGUGCACCACAACAUGCCAAGAUUCGUGCUGUGAGGAGGUGACCAAGUGCAGCACCACGUGCGUGGAUCCCUGCUGCAGGGAAGUGACCAAGUGCACCACCACAUGCGUAGAUCCAUGCUGUAGGGAGGUGUCCAAGUGCACCACCACAUGCGUGGAUCCCUGCUGCAAGGAAGUGACCAAGUGCACCACCACAUGCGUAGAUCCAUGCUGUAGGGAGGUGUCCAAGUGCACCACCACAUGCGUGGAUCCGUGCUGCAAGGAAGUGACCAAGUGCACCACCACGUGCGUGGAUCCCUGCUGCAAGGAAGUGACCAAGUGCACCACCACGUGCGUAGAUCCAUGCUGUAGGGAGGUGUCCAAGUGCACCACCACAUGCGUGGAUCCCUGCUGCAAGGAAGUGACCAAGUGCACCACCACAUGCGUAGAUCCAUGCUGUAGGGAGGUGUCCAAGUGCACCACCACGUGUGUGGAUCCGUGCUGCAAGGAAGUGACCAAGUGCACCACCACAUGUGUGGAUCCCUGCUGCAAGGAAGUGACCAAGUGCACCACCACGUGUGUGGAUCCCUGCUGCAGGGAAGUGACCAAGUGCACCACCAGAUGUGUGGAUCCAUGCUGUGGACCUGUGACCAGAUGUGCCACCACGUGCGUGGAACCAUGCUGCAGCAAAGUGACCAAAUGCACCACCACAUGCGUUGAUCCAUGUUGUGGAGGUGUCACCAGAUGCAACACCAGGUGUGUGGAUCCAUGCUGUGACAGAGUGACCAAGUGCACCACCAGGUGCAUAGAUCCCUGCUGUAGUGAAGUGACCAAGUGCACUACCAGAUGUGUGGAUCCCUGCUGUGGAGCUGUGACCAGAUGCACCUCUAAGUGUGUGGAUCCCUGCUGUGGGGAAGUGACCAGAUGCACCACCAGGUGUGUGGAUCCCUGCUGUGGAUGUGUCACCAGAUGCACCUCUAAGUGUGUGGAUCCCUGCUGUGGGGAAGUGACCAGAUGCACCACCAGGUGCAUAGAUCCAUGCUGUGGAGAUGUCACCAGGUGCACUACUAAGUGUGUGCAUCCCUGCUGCGGCAGAGUGACCAAAUGCACCACCAGAUGCGUGGAUCCCUGCUGCAGGGAAGUGACCAAGUGCACCACCACGUGCGUGGAUCCGUGCUGUGGAGGUGUGAGUGAAUGCACCACCACAUGCGUGGAUCCCUGCUGCAAGGAAGUGACCAAGUGCACCACCACGUGCGUGGAUCCCUGCUGCAAGGAAGUGACCAAGUGCACCACCACAUGCGUGGAUCCGUGCUGUGGAGGUGUGAGUGAAUGCACCACCACGUGCGUGGAUCCGUGCUGCAAGGAAGUGACCAAGUGCACCACCACGUGCGUGGAUCCGUGCUGCAAGGAAGUGACCAAGUGUACCACCACGUGCGUGGAUCCUUGCUGCAAGGAAGUGACCAAGUGCACCACCACGUGCGUGGAUCCGUGCUGUGGAGGUGUGAGCGAAUGCACCACCACGUGCGUGGAUCCCUGCUGCAAGGAAGUGACCAAGUGCACCACCACAUGCGUGGAUCCCUGCUGUGGGGGCGUUCAGGCUGUUACGAAGUGUGUGGAUUCCUGUCCCACUGCCUGUGUUACACAAGCCACCCCCCAGUGCACGGGUGUAUGCACCUCUACCUGUGGCCAGUGCUGCUCCAUCACAUGUGCAGAUGUCCGCUGUCGUAAAUGCAUGGCUCCUUGAGGGGCUGCAUGUGGGUGGGAGCCACACGGGGACCCCACUCUGCAGUGCCAUUGCCCUGUGGAGUCUCCAAAGGCUAAGGAAUGAAAAUGGUUUGCAGAUCGCUGAACUUGCCGAAGUCUUCCUCACAUCUUUGCUUUCCUAGUGCCCUUUCUGUCCUAGGAAGAGUAGAUCCUCAAAUGGUUUUCCCUACAUUCUGCAUAAUUUCUGCUAUAUUUACCUCAAGAACAAUGCCUUUCCUUGUAACAUCUAACUAAUUGAUUUUGUGCCCCCAGGAAUAUUGCCUGGGAGAGAUUCUGUAAUUCUUUGCACUGAUGUGGAUGGAGGAAUUUCCCUGUUUGUUCUUUCUUGCCAUCUUCUCCUUUUCUUGUAUGAAGCAAUAAAAAAAAAAUUAUCUUGA